GGGGUGUGAUUGCUCCUGAAGAGACCCAAGCUCCUUUUUAAUCAAAGCUCAGGUGGAGAGCUGCAUUCCACUGUUUCACAGAUGCUGUGAGGGUGGCAAAGAUGCAGGGCACCCACCGGAAACACAGCCGGCACUCUGUGAAAGGGGAAGGGGCACCAGGAGCGCGGGUGAGCGAGGUUGGAGGUGAUUCUGCCCCUCUCCCCAGGCUUUCUGGAUUAGAAAACUGAAGCUCCAAGAACAGACUCGCCUAAUAACAGGAAACUUGUACACCUUGAAGUGGCAAUUCACACAGAAGGCUCCGUGACUCCUGAACUCUCAUAAUUAUGAGGUGGUCUUUUUCAUGGUUUUUCUGAAGUUACUAGAAGUUUACAGAAAAGGAAGUGCAGGCACAUUUCACAAAUCUACAGUCUUUGACAACACCAUCAUGAUAUCACAACCUGUUCCCAAUGAGACCGUGAUAGUGCUCCCAUCAAAUGUCAUCAACUUCUCCCAAGCAGAGAAACCCGAACCCACCAACCAGGGGCAGGAUAGCCUGAAGAAACGUCUACAGGCAGAAGUCAAAGUUAUUGGGACUAUCCAGAUCUUGUGUGGCACGAUGGUGUUGAGCUUGGGAAUCAUGUUGGCAUCUGCUUCCUUCUCUCCAAAUUUUACCCAAGUGACUUCUACACUGUUGAACUCUGCUUACCCAUUCAUAGGACCCUUUUUUUUUAUCAUUUCUGGCUCUCUAUCAAUCGCCACAGAGAAAAGGUUAACCAAGCUUUUGGUGCAUAGCAGCCUGGUUGGAAGCAUUCUGAGUGCUCUGUCUGCCCUGGUGGGUUUCAUUAUCCUGUCUGUAGAACUGGCUGCCUUAAAUCCUGCCUUACUGCAGUGUGAGUUGGACAAAAAUAAUACACCAACCAGAAGUUAUGUUUCUUACUAUUAUCACGAUUCACUUUAUACCAUGGACUGCUAUACAGCCAAAGCCAGUCUGGCUGGAACUCUGUCUCUGAUGCUAAUUUGCACUCUGCUGGAAUUCUGCCUAGCUGUGCUCACUGCUGUGCUGUGGUGGAAACAGGCUUACUCUGACUUCCCUGGGAGUGUGCUUUUCCUGCCUCACAGUUACAUCGAUAAUUCUGGUAUGUCCUCAAAGAUGACUCAUGGCCCUGGAUAUGAAGAACUAUUGACUUCUUAGGAAAAAAGGGAGAAAUAUUAAUCAGAAAGUUGAUUCUUAUGAUAAUACAGAAAAGUUAACCGUUAUAAAAAAGCAAAGCUUGAGUUUCCUAAAUGUAAGCUUUUAAAGUAAUGAACAUUAAAACCAAACAUUAUUUCACUGUCAUUUAAGAUAUGUGUUCAUUGGGGAAUCUCUUGAUUUGCCUGACAUUGACUUCAGCAAAAGCAAAGAGCUGUAAAUUACCAUUUACUAGACUAGCCAAAUAGUCUGAAUUUCCAGAAAACUAGGCAGAAUGAUCAUUCCCAGAAACAUUUCCCAGAAAAUGUUUCCCAGAAAACUAGGCAGAAUGAUCAUUCAAUGGAUCAGUGAAGCAAAGGGCACAACCUUUUAUUGUACCCCUCAAUUGUCAACAGUCAACAGGAGUUAACUGACUUCUUGUGGUGCUCAGACUCUUUUAUACUGGUGCCAAUGUUUUAUCCCAUGGAUUUUACUCAUUAGUAUGUAAAGGCAAGCCCCAUACGAUGAAGUCUCAGGGUCCAUGAAAGUAGCUGGCUUCAAAAUAAAAUCUUUGAGUGCA